GUCAGAAAAGCCCCACCAACUUUCCAAACGCGAAUUCUUUCACCUACCUCACCCAUCUUACCCACCUGUGGAAUAGAAUUUUUAUGCUGGGUUCAUCCAAAUGGAAGUGCUAGCCUCAGCGACGACGGUUAUCAGCGUGAUACAAGUGACGGCCGGCCUCGUGAAGCUUUGCGGGGGUUAUAUCCAAGAAGUGAAAGAUGCACGAGACGACAUUAUAUCCCUACAACAGGAAAUUACAGGUCUUCAUGGAACACUUCAAGAGCUACAGAAACUCCUUCAGGGCAACAACAAAAAGGCUCUACCGACUUCCUCGCAGCUAGUCAGCAAUAUCGCCGAUUGCCUCUCCGACCUCCAAGCGUUAGAGGCGAAACUGAAUCCGGGGAAAGGGAAAAAUCUGAUGAGGAAGAUGGGGCUACGGUCCUUGAAGUGGCCCCUAAAACGCGCAGAGGUCGAGGGUGUUAUCAGAAAAUUAGAGAGAUAUAAUUCUUCAUUCCUCUUGUCUUUACAGGUGGAUCAAACUGCUCUGUUGGCUGACAUGGUCCAAGACAAUGAUCGUAUCAAUCAAUAUAUAGAGUUUGAGCAGCUGGAAGGCGUAUUGGAGGCAGGGUUCGAGUCAUUCUCUGAUCGAGACGAGGUCCAAUGCCUCCAAGGUACUCGGACUGAGCUCCUCCAGAAGAUAAUGGGAUGGGCAAAGUCGCCGUCCCAACAAAGUAUUUUUUGGUUGAAGGGGAUGGCAGGGACAGGAAAAUCCACAAUAUCUCGGACAGUGGCAGGGUUGCUCAAGGACACUAAUCACCUGGGUGCAAGCUUCUUCUUCAAAAGGGGUGAGGGAGACCGAGGCAACGCAAAGAAGCUAUUCCCGACGUUAACAAGACAACUGAUACUCUGGUACCCUGAGUUGAGACCAGGUGUGCGAAAGUCACUCGAUCAGGACCCUGAUAUUGCGUCGAAGUCGCUCGGGGAGCAGUUUGACAAACUACUCCUUCAACCGCUGCUCAAUCUCCAACCCGACGGACAACCUCUAUCCGCUGUGAUAGUGAUCGACGCUUUAGAUGAGUGCGAGCAUGACCAAGACACCCGAAAUAUCAUUCGGCUACUACCUCUUUUGCAGAAAGUCAAAUCAGUCCAUCUUCAGAUCUUCUUGACUAGCAGGCCUGAGCUCCCAGUCAAUCUCGGGUUUUCAGAGCUCGGGGAUCAUGCAUAUCAAAGCCUAGCUCUUCAUGACAUACCAGAAGAAGUGACAGGACAUGACAUAUACUUAUUUCUGCAGAAUCAGUUUGCAAGCAUCAAACGAGAUAGAAAAAUCUCUGAUGACUGGCCUGGUGAUGAUAUUAUCCAAGAGCUGGUCAGGAUUUCUAUUCCACUGUUCAUCUCGGCUGCCACUGUGUGUCGUUACAUCGAGAAUUCAAAAUGGGAGCCCAGGUUACGCCUCGAAGAGCUUCUAAAAGAUCAAGCAAAAUAUGUAUCAAGAAUGGACAAGACAUACCUGCCGAUCCUGACACGACUGCUUGACGAUCAGGAGAGUGACGCAUUUGAGCAGCAACAGCUCCUGCAAGAGUUUCACGACAUUAUAGGAACUAUUAUCGUGCUUGCUGUCCCGCUUUCUAUAAAUGGACUAUCAAAUUUUCUUGGUCUAGGAGCAGACCAGAUCAGCAAUCGACUAGAUUCAUUCCGAUCAGUCUUGAGCGUUCCUCAUGACCGAGACCAGCCCGUUAGAAUUCUACAUCUAUCAUUCCGAGAUUUCUUAGUUCAGUCUACAGCUAGGUUUCAUGUGAAAGAGCCGAAAAAGAACAAGGAUAUUGCGAAGACCUGUCUCAAAACCAUGCAUAAUUGUUUACGGAAAGACAUCUGCAAUCUAGCAGACCCUGGAGUGCUUAGGGCCGACAUCAAUCCCGAAGAGAUCCGCCAAUAUUUACCACUGGAAUUGCAAUACUCUUGUCGCUACUGGGUAUAUCAUCUCACGCAAAGCGAAGAUCUAUCUUCUGAAGUAGAAGAGAUACGAAUGUUUUUACAGAAGCAUUUUCUGCAUUGGCUAGAAGCAAUGAGCUUGCUGGGCCUUAUGUCAGACGUGGUCGGCAUGCUUGAUUCCCUUCACACCGUUGUAUCAGAUAAUGACGGUUCUGCUCUAGUCAAAUUUCUACAUGAUGCAAAGCGGUUCGUCCUGAAGAAUCGCCAGAUCGCCGAUGAAGCGCCACUUCAGAUCUAUUGCGCAGGACUAGUAUUUGCGCCUAGAGCAUCAAUAAUUCGCGGAGAGUUCGAGCAGGACCUUCCUAGUUGGAUAUCCUGCUUGCCAGAGGUUAAUGAAAACUGGGGUGCAGAAUUGCAGACGCUCGAGGGUCAUUCAGACUAUAUCUCUUCAGUGGCCUUCUCACCUAAUGGCCGACUGCUGGCAUCCUGCUCUCGUGACAACACCAUACGACUCUGGAAUCCUGAAACAGGUGCUCUACAAAAUACUCUUGAGGGUCAUUUACCAUAUGGCAUCUUUUCGGUAAUCUUUUCACCUGAUGGCCGGCUACUGGCAUCUAGUUCCAGUGAUGAGACGAUACGUUUAUGGGACCCAGAAACAGGCGCCCUGCAACAGACUAUUGAGGAUUAUAUAGGGGCCAUUGAAGAAUAUGUAGGCGGGCCAGUGGCCUUCUCGCCUGAUAGUCAGCUGCUGGCAUAUAGCUCUAUUUGUCAUAGAGUGCAACUUUGGAACCCCGCGAAGGGCGCUCUGCAACACACUCUUGAGGGUCAUUCAGGUGAUAUUUCUUCAAUUAUAUUUACACCAGACUGCCAGCUGCUAGCUUCCUGCUCUAAAGAUAAGACAGUGCGGCUUUGGGACCCAGUGACAGGCACCCUACAGCACACUAUUGAGGCCCUACAACACCCUCUUGAGAAUACCUGGCGCGCCACUUAUUCAGGGGCAUUUUCACCUGAUGGCAAGCUAUUGGCGUUUGGUUGCAGUGAUAAGACAUUACAGCUUUGGGACCCAGUAACAGGCGUCCUACAGCAGUCUCUCGAGAGUUAUUCAGGCGGGUCAGUGGUUUUUUCAGCUGAUGGCAGAUUACUGGCAUCCGGGCCCUGUAACGGGACAUCACAGCUUUGGGAUCCCGUGACAGGCGCCCUGCAGCAGACUUUCAUGAUUGAUAGAGAUCAGCCAGUAGCCUUCUCACCUGAUGGUCGGAUGCUGGCAUUUGGCUCUAGUGGGACGGUGCAGCUCUGGGACCCGGCGACGGGUGCGCUGCAACAGACUCUCGAGGGUCAUUCAAGCAUUGUCAUAUCUGUGGCAUUCUCGCCUAAUGGCUGGCUAUUAGCAUCUGGGUCUAGUGAUAAAACAGUACGACUCUGGGACCUAACAGCAAACGUCCUGCAACAGGAUCAUCAAAGUCAUCUAGACCCAGUUCAUUCAGUGUUCCUAUCACCUAAUGGCCGGCGGCUGGCAUCGUGCACUUAUGAUAAUGUAGUGCAGCUCUGGGACCCGGUGAAAGGUGCUCUGCAGAAGACUCUUGAGGGUCACUCGAACUUGGGGUCAGUAUACUCAGCAGCCUUCUCACCUAACAAUCAGCUGCUGGCAGCUGGCUCCCCUGAUACAACAGUACAGGUCUGGGACUUGGUGACAGGUGUCCUGCAACAGACAUUUAGAGGUCAUUCAAACACAAUUUUUUCAGUGGCCUUCUCAACUGAUAAUAAACUACUGGCAUCUGGCUCCUCUGAUAGGACAGUACAGGUCUGGGACUUGGUAACAGGCUCCUUACAACAGACUUUGAAUGAUCAUUCAGACGCAGUUUAUUCAGUAGCCUUCUCAUAUAAUGGCAAGCUACUAGCAUCCUGUUGCUAUGAUCAGAAAGUGCGGCUGUGGGAUGUGGAAAAAGGCACGCUGCAACGGACUCUUGAGGGUCAUCUAGGUUCAGUUUAUCUUGCUGCCUUCUCGCCUGAUGACCAGCUACUGGCAUCUUACUCCUAUGACCAGACAGUGCGGCUCUGGGACACCGCGACAGGUUACCUAAAACAAAUCUUUACCAUGAAAGAGACUGUCACAGAUCUCAAAUUUGCUGAAGAUGUUUUAUCUCUCCGGACUAAUCUAGGGUCACUGAAGAUUCAAUCUAGGCCUGGCAGUCCUAUCUUCAAUUCACUCGAUACAAUCCCAACAAUAUCUCUACAGCAAGAUUUUUGGAUAGCUUUGGACAGGAAACGAGUAUUAUGGCUCCCCCCUGAGGCUAGGCCGACCUGUUCCGUGACAACAUCCAAUAUGGCUAUCCUGGGACACGCGUCAGGUCGGGUUUCCUUCAUUGGAUUUCGGUAG